AUGGAUAAAAGAAAGGCUGCACAAGCACAUUGUCAACAACACAGGAGACGGGAACCAGAUGCAGAAUUAGUGAGAAAUCAAGAAACUGCUGCGAAGCGUAGAAGAAGAGCUAAUUUAUCACCUGCUGAUCAGCAACGGGAAAGAGAACAAAAUACACUAAAAAAAUGUUUGGCAAGAGCCAAUUUAUCACCUGCCAAGCAGCAACAAAAGAGAGAGCAAAAUACACUACAAAAACAUUUGGCAAGAAAUAACUGUCACACUUUGCCCAUGUGUUGUGAGGCUCUUUAUUUUGCUAAAGAUUAUCCUCUUGAAGCAGAUAUUGGGCAAAUGGAUGUUGAAUGCUAUCAUUGUGGAGCUUUACAUUUUCAGGAAGAACGAACUGCUAGUGAUUUGGAUCAAUUUACAUCCUGUUGCCAUAAAGGGGCUGUUACAUUGCCACCUCUUUUACCAUUUCCAAAUGAAUUAAAACUACUUUUUCUUCGCAACCAUUUACUAUCUAAGACCUUUUUUGAACACAUUCGUAAGUAUAAUGGUGCUACAGUAUUUGCAUCAGUUGUAUCAAAUAAUGAGUUACUUUCUGGUCGUGGACCAUAUGCAUACAAGAUAUCAGAACAGAUAUAUCACUUUCUUGGGCCUGCUCAACCAAGUAUAGGUGAUGUUCCAAUAUUUGAACAGCUUUACUUCUUGGAAACUGCUGAUGCACAAGCAUGCCGAAGUAAUAAUCCUGUUAAUGUAGGUCUUGAUUCUAGGUUACUAUCACUUUUAGAUUUAACACUUCGACAGGUGCAACAAGAAGAACAUGACAUAGCAACAGAGCAAGGUUGUCAACCAUUAGAAGUACAAAUGAUUUUUGAAAAUGAUCAUCACCUUGACCAACGUCGUUAUAAUACACCACAUGUGAAUGAAGUUGCAGCAAUUUUUGUUGGACCUGAAGAACAUAGAUUUCCUUCUCAUUGUCUUGCUGUACAUCCACGCAGUAAUCAACUUAAAACUAUUCCAGUAAUUAAUGCUGACUGUGAUCCAAUGUCAUAUCCCAUGCUAUUUCCAAGAGGUGAUAAAGGCUGGCACCCAAAAAUAAUUAAUAAUCAUCAAAAUCAAACAAGAAGAACAUAUGUUUCUAUAUUACAAUUUUAUUGUUAUCGAAUGGCACAAAGAAAUAGUUUUAAUCCGAUUCUAUAUGCUGGUGCUCUUUUUCAGCAAUACUUGGUUGAUGCAUAUGUAAAGGUUGAAUCAACAAGAUUAAACUAUCAGCGACAAAAUCAAAAAACAUUACGGGCUAAAACUUAUUGUGGAUUGUCAGAUUAUUUAGCUGCUGCUGCUGAGGAAAGAGGUGCUAUUGUGGGGCGUGCUGUUGUGUUGUCAUCAAGUUUUCCAGGAGGUCCAAGAGCAAUGAGACAAAGUUAUCAAGAUGCCAUGGCAAUAUGUAGAGCAUUUGCUGCAGCUUUAAAUUCUCAGCAAGCUCAAGAUACGAUGCUAACAGCCUGGUUUAAAUUAAAUGAACAAGAUACUGAUGCAACUUUUACUUUUGCAUACCCUGGUGCUAAAAGUUUUGCAGAUCUCAGAACUGUUCAAGUAUAUCUUUAUGAAGACUUUAUUCGGAGUUAUAAUGUUGAAGUUGCCCUAUUUCUUGCUUAUGAAAACAUUAAUAACAAGUUAGCACAAUUUCAUAAAUCUCUUGAUAAAAACUAUCAUAUACCAUCACCUGGUACACAUACUAAUGUAUUUAACACUAAUGAACAAAUUAAUAAAGACCAAGAAUAUGAAAUUGGCCAAAGAAUGUAUAUUCAAUUAAAUGAUGCUCAACAACUUAUACCUAAUAGAAUUAUAGCUGCACUUCUCCACCUUGGAAAUGGAACACUUCCAUCAGUUAAUGAAGAAAUAGAAGUUCCAGAACAGUGUAUUUCAACUAAUAACCUAGUGGAUGAUGUUUUUGGUAGUGCUAUAGAAAGCAGAGAUGAAACAAUCCUACUUUCAACAAAAAAAUAUAUCUUAGUAUAG